AAGUAUUUGUCCUCCUUUUGAUGGCUUAUCAUCAACUCUUUCUUCCCCCUCCCCCAUUCUCCACCUCUCUCAGUCUUGGCUGUUCUCGUCUCUCAAUCGUCUAUCAACACAUUCUUGCUCAAGUUCGUUGUAGGAUGAGAAAGACCGUGUGUGAAUAUGGUGUACUUCUUCAUCACUCAUUCCUCCUCGCCCCGCUUCACACAAGCCAUGGCGCCGCCGUUGAAGAAGUCGUCGACGACGCAGCUGCCCACAAAGGAGCGGGGGCUCUUUGCUCGGCUCAUACAGGAGUACGAGACAAAGAAGCACAAGACGGGACUCAAGACUGCAGACCAGAUCCUCAAGAAGUUUCCCGAGCAUGGCGAAACUCUCUGCAUGAAAGGGUUGCUACUCGCAUCUGUCGACCGGCGAGCCGAAGGAAUUGAGCUGGCGCGAAAGGGUGUCCGGUUCGACCUCACCUCGUUCAUCUCAUGGCAUGCCUUGGGAAUCUUGAAUCGCAUGGACAAAAACUACGAUGAGGCCAUCAAGUGCUACGGCCAGGCGCUGAGAAUCGAAGGCGGGACGAACAUCAAUCUCAUUCGAGAGUCGGCGUACCUUCAUCUCCAGCAGCGCAACUUUGCCAGCUUGAUCGACAACAGACUGACGCUCGUAAGAAGUCAGCCUCAUCUGAGAAUCAAUUGGGCCGGUCUCGCUGUGGCACAUCACCUCGCUGGUAGCUUGGAAGAGGCAGUCAGGGUGUUGGAAGGCUUCGAGAGUGUUUGCAGGGACGUCCCUCGUAGGUCGUUUGAGCAGUCGGAGAUCUACCUCUACCACGCUUCGAUUCUUUACGAAGCGGGCAAAUAUGAGGAGGCAAAGAAGCUCUUGGCCGAUCGCAAAGAUGAUGAAGUAGUCGAUAGAAAGGCACUUGACGUUCUCACAGCACGGUGUCAAUUUGCACUGGGAAAAAGAGAAGAAGCGGAAAGAAUAUACAACGACUUACUGUCGCGCAAUGGAGAGGACAGGAGCUACCUGGCCGGUUGGCUCGAGGCACGAGGCGUUGCGACGCAGGCCGAGUCGGAUGAGGCAAGGGAAAAGGCAACAAAGGCUUUUGAGGAGCUGCGAGAGAGGUUCCCCAAGUCUCGAGCCGUCAAGCGACUUGCCCUCGUCUAUCUGGGAGCAACCUCUAACGACUUCAAGAGCCAGGCGAGAGAUUACCUCCAAACGGCCUUCGAGAAGGGCGUGCCUUCGGUCUUUACAGACAUUCGGUCGCUCUAUGGCGAUGUGGCCAAACGAGACAUCAUCGAGGAAAUCGUUGAGGAAAUGCGUCAGACGUGGUUCAAGGAUCAGGGAGAACCUCCAAGCUCAUAUCUCUGGGCUAUUUACUACCUGGCUCAGCAUUACUCACAUCUCGGCCAGGAUAUUCGAGCGCUCGAAUACGCAGACAGCGCCAUUGCACACACGCCCUCGAUGCCCGAAUUGCACAUGACGAGAGCCAGGAUCCUUAAGCGGGCCGGGUCUCUGCAGUGGGCGAGUCAGGCAAUGGAGGACGCCAGGUCGUUGGAUGGUCAAGACCGUUUCCUCAACUGCAAAUCGGCCAAGUACUAUCUCCGAAUCGACGAUGUCGACACUGCCGUGGCGCGCGUUGGUCUCUUUACCAAGCCAGAUGCACCCAGUCCUGUCCACGAUCUCGUCGACAUGCAGGCGUUCUGGUACCUACUCGAGGAAGCCAACGCUUGGGAGCGCAAGGCAAAUUACGCCAUGGCAUUGAAGAGACAUGGCCAGAUCGACAAGACCUUCACCGAGAUUUGGGAUGACCAGCUCGACUUCCACUCGUACUGCAUCCGCAAGUUCACGCUCAGAGCAUACGUCGACAUGGUUCGUUUCGAGGACCAGCUCAGAUCGCAUCCAGCAUACUUUGUCUCGGCCCUCUCGGCCAUUCGGAUCUUGACAAAGCUUCAUGAUCAGCCGGACUUGUACAAGCCAGACGAGUCUUCUGCGUCCAAGACCAAUGGCGAACUGACGGACGAACAGCGCAAGGAGGCAAAAAAGGCCAGAAAGGCAGAGCUCAAAGCUGCAGAAGAAGCUGCAGCCGCCGAGGCGGCCAAGAAGAAGGCUGAAAUGCUCAAGCAGCAGCAGGACAAGAAGAAGGGCGCGGCCAAAAAGGCGGCUGAUGAUGACGAAGAGAUGCCUCCGCCACCGAAGGACGAGGACCCGCAAGGCACCGAGGCCCUCAAGAAAGUGGACCCGCUGGUGGAUGCUCAAAAGCAUUUGACGCAGCUGCAGAAGAUGGCGGGAAGGCGGGUGGAGACAUGGCUGGCCACUUUCGAGGUGGCAUAUCGGUCGAAGAAUUGGCUGUUGGCCACCCGAGCCGUGGCACACGCUCAUGCGAUCGAUGCGUCCAAUGCCGAGCUGCAGGUCCAGCUCGUCAAGCUUCGUAAGGCUCUCGACUCCAACCUGAACGAGUCGACGACCUCUGCGAUCCGCGACUCAAUUGAAGCAACUUGGAAACAUAUCGUUGGCUCAGAGCAAGUCUCAUUGGAGCAGUUCAUCUCGCAAGCGAGGCAAACGCAUGGCGAAUCAGUCCCACACGCUCUCGCGCAUGCUCGAUCCAUUCUCGUGCUUCGACGAGAGGCAAAGGAGGAGGCAGUCGACAUCGUCUUGCAAACUCCCAAGAUGGUCAAGGAUGCCACGGCAACAUCUCAGACGAAAGGCCUUCUGAGUCAGUUCCUAGAGGUCCGGCAAUUCGUCCUCGGCGUGGGUUCAGAGGCAAACGUCGAAGAAUUUGACAGGUCCUGCGAGGGCCUCUUCGCCAUGGCCGACGUCUUCAAGUCGGACAAGCGGAGAGGGGAGGAAGAGAAGAGGAGAGUCCAGGAGAAGAGGAGCUGGGAGCCUUCGAAGACCGACGAAGACGUUCAAGGUCCAACUUCCAAUGGAUCUUCCUCAUAGACAAACUUGUUUGAAAAUCUUCUUUUGAAGAGCUC